AUGAGCUUCGCAACCGCUGCAAGUCGCCAAUCGUCUUCCCGUCCUCCGCGACCAUCUUCUUCUGCUCGUCACUGCCAUCUCUGUGGGCGAUCCGGUCAUGAUGCCCAAAAUUGCUUUCGGGUCAAACCUUGCCCUCACUGUCACCGGCCGGGUCAUGACCCUCGUCGCUGCUUCGAGGUCGUCGGCUAUCCGGCGAAUUGGUCCGGCAAGUCUUCUUCUACCGGCGCUCCUCCGGCAGGGCAAGGGCGAUCGAUUAGCGCCUCAUCUUCCUCUUCUGCUGGAAGUGACCGAGGCUUAAUUUCCUCCCAUUCUGCUAAGGCUCACGCUAAUAACUCUAUGGGGGCCAAUUCUGUUGGGCCAGGUCUUAUUGGGCCAGGUACUGUAGGUCCUUCUCUUCAAUUUGGCACUUAUGGUACUAAUCCUGUUCCAGCUGCUACAGGUUUGAGCCCGGACCAAUGGCAAGCAUUAGUAAAUAUCACGAUGACGACUAAGGUAUCUGUUGGCGGACCUAUGGAUUUGUGGCAUCAACGUUUGGGAUAUCCACCCCCGCAGGCCGAUUUGCCCAUAGAUUUUUGGGGACACUGUGUCUUGACUGCCGGAUAUUUAAUCAACCGUACUCCCACUCCACUAUUACAUGGGAACAGUCCCUAUGAGGUUCUUUUUGGCCAAGCUCCCCCUAUUAAGAAUCUUCGUGUUUUUGGCUGCUUGUGCUAUGUUCACAAUUUGGAUCGUUCGGGGGAUAUAUUUGCCAGUCGUAGCAGAAAGUGCAUUUUUGUGGGCUAUCCUUUUGGGAAGAAGGGUUGGUCCGUUUUUGAUCUUGACACCCGGGAGUUUCUCGUCUCUCGGGAUGUUAAAUUCUUUGAAGGCCAGUUUCCUUUUUCUACAUGCCCUACUUCUGGGUCUGAUUCUGUACCGCUUGUUUCUUCUUCACCAUGGCCUGCUAUUGAUGAUGAGUCCUCAUCUAUUCUUGAUUCUGUGCCGGCCAUUUCUCCCUCUGGGGCUACUGAGGUCGACGACGAGAACUGGGUGAGACCCGGUAUGAGACAUGCGCACGAGAAGGUUCGAGAGGUCUCGUGA